CCGGCGACUGCGUUGGACACCCAAUCAAUCAAUCAGUCAAUCAAUCACAAGAGCAAGGGCCAGACAGACAGGCUAGGAAGUUUUGUCUCUGGCUUUUGUGCUUGCUUGUCAACACAUUCGCCUGUGCGCGUGUGUAAUCUAAUCCCUGUCAAUGCGAAGCCAUCUAUCGCAUCGCUCUUGUGACUGGGUCGUUUCUCCAUCAUCAUGUCAUUCUCCUCCCAUCACAUUCGCUCUCACUUCUCAUGCCCAUUCGGAUUUUCCAUCACGUUCUCCCUGACUUCUCAUGCUCAUUGCAAUUUUCCAUCACGUCCUCUCUUACUCAACAUGCCCAUUGCAAUUGAAUCACAGAGUUCAGUGUACAGGGCAUAGUAUACCAUUUUCCUUCUCCUUUCUCUUACACGCACAGAGAGUGUGUGUGUGUGUGUCUGAGUGCGUGUGUGAGAGAGAGAGAGGUGGGAGGGGUUCUCUUCUUGUGCGAGGGAAGGGAGGUGGUGAAGACAACGGCGGUCUGCUGCGGCGGGUUCGUUUGCCACUCUGUGUGUGUGUGUGUGUGAGAGAGAGAGAGAGAGAGAGAGAGAGAGAGAGAGAGAGAGAGAGAGAGAGAGAGAUGGGCGAGACGGAUGGAUGUGGAGUGGACGACUAGGGAGAGCGUUCGUGAAGAUCAGUUGCUGAUGUUCUUUGCAAGAAGAUAGCGAUGGCGGUUUCUUCUAUGAUAGCGAUGAAGCGGCGGGCGUUGACUAUUCAUCCUCUUCUUCUUUUUGUGUUGUUGGCGUUGAUUAGAGGAGCGAAUUCGUUUGCGGAUCCGUCUACAACCAAUGCUCUGGUCCAGCUGAAGAACUCGAUCAAUCCUCCGGUGCCUUCUCCUGUCCUUGGCACGUGGGGGCCCGGUGACCCGUGCGCAGGAUGGGCGGGAAUUGCCUGCCUCCCUGUGGAUCCUGCUGUGCUGCAGCAAGUUGUUAACCUGACUCUAAGUGGACAAGGCCUGACUGGGUCGCUUCCUCAGGAUCUGAAUGGACUCAACGGCUUGCAACUCCUGGAUCUGAGCAAUAACCCUAACUUGACAGGAAGCGUGGCUCCUCUCUCUCUGCUAAGUAAUCUUCAGCAUCUCAACCUUAAUGGAACAGGUUUUGCUUUGGAGCUGGAGUCUUUAACGAGAUUGACUAAUCUUGUUACGCUACGACUAGGUUAUGCUAAGUUUGCAGAUGGACUUCCGGCAAGCCUUUCGAGUCUUAUACAACUGCGUGUUUUGGACCUUAGAAGCAAUUAUUUCUCGGGAGAUUUCCCAAGUGUCGGCGGGAUGAAUGCUUUGGAGGAGCUUUAUUUGUCAGAAAACAGUAUUGCUGGGCAAAUUCCUUCCGCCGGCCUUGCGUUGCCAAACCUUCGUAUAGUGGACCUGUCUGUUAAUAGGUUGGACGGCCUGCUGCCUCCAGAUCUAUCUAGAGCGCCAGCACUGACUGAACUGAGGCUGUUCCGGAACUAUCUUGAUGGACCUAUCCCGCCAGAGUAUGGAUUAUUUGCAAAUCUCACCAUCCUAGAUCUCCACUCGAAUACUCUCAAUGGAACUCUCCCUCCCGAGCUCCCUAGGGGUGGCGCUUUACAGGCAUUGUAUAUUCAGGACAACCCUUCUAUUGUGGGCCCUAUUCCUCCAAGCUACCAGACCAUACCUACUUUCGUGAAAGACCCGACGCUGGUUUACGAGACAUCAGGUGCACAACCUACCCAUCCUGGGACUUCUUCUGCCCUUGUGUCUCCCCUUCGUACAUCUCGUUCUUUGCAGCUGGAUCCUUCUGUACCACAGCAGUCCUCCGUUCCUGGUCCCUCUACCCCUCAAUCUGCUUCGCCAGCUACUCCAAACCCCUCUGGUUCACCACCCAGCAAUCCAACUGCUUCGCCGCCCGCUGACGCCGCUGCUGUCCAGCCUCCAGCAAAUCCAUCUCCACCCAGCAAUCCAUCUGGCUUGACACCCAGUGCUAGCACUAGUCCCCAACCUCCCGCAAAUCCAUCUCCAACUGCACCUGUGGAUCCCUCUGCUCCACCGACGGGAACUCAAGCACCAGCAAAUCCGUCUGGUUUGCCAGCUGGUACUCCAUUCACUCCUGGACAGUCGAUGAAUCCAGUGGGUCCUCCUUCGCAACCUGGGAAUCCAUCGAUUCCCCUACCUUCGCCUCCUGGGAAUCCAUCUGGUCCUCCCCCCCAGCCUUCUGGGAAUCCAGCUGGCUCAUCCCCAGGCCCAUUGAGUCCAGAAUCGAAUACCGCAGCGUCCAAUCCUUGGAGCCUACCAAUAAGUCCUCCCACUGGUGCAUCCGAUCCAGGUGCCAGGCCUGCUGCCUCCCAGCCUCCAGUCCCCAGCAUUCCACAGCCGAACCCUGAGAACCCUAACCAGCCGCCAGAACAGUCAGCCCCACAGCCAGGUCCAGGGGCUGCUGCCUCGCAGCCUCCGGCGGCCAGUGUUCCAAAUCCGAAUCCUCAGGUUCCUAACCAGCCACCACAAGAGUCAGCUCCAUCAGGAAACCCAGGAGAACAAUCUGGGCAUUCUUUGCCAGCACCGGCGUCUGUUGGCACAACAACAAUAAGUGGGCCCCCUCCCACAGGAGGUGAGCAGCCUACAGCAGGCACUACAACCGAGGCUCCUCAGGGCUCACAGCCUGGGCAAGGCAGUAGCCCGCCUCAGCAGGCAUCACAGCCUCAGGAGUCGAUAAGUACAUCUGCCCCUCAGCAGCCUUCCCAACCUCAGGGGCCAAUAAGCACUCCGCCUGAGCAGCCAUCUCAGGCUCAGGGGUCAAUAACUACCCCCCCUCAGCAGCCAUCUGAGCCUCAGGGGUCCGGCAGUAAUCCUAGCUCCCUGGUGUUGCCAGGGCACGAAGCUCGUGCUUUGCAGCCAUCGCAGCCACAAUCGUGGGAGCCCCAGGGAUCAGCAAAUCUGCAAGCCCAAAACAACCCUCCCCCCCUGCCGUCGCAGUCGCCACCAUACAAUCCUCCCCAGCCAUCACAGCCGCAACCAGCGACUCCUCCCCAAACUCAGGGAUCAUCAAAUCCUCAACCACAAAAUCCUGCCCAGCCAUCGCAGACGCAACCGCAAAAUCCUUCCCAGCCAUCACAACCAGGACCUCAGAAUCCUCCCCAACCACAGGGACCUGUCCAGCCAUCAUCGCAGCCGCAACCGAAUAAUUUUCCACAGCCAUCGCAACCAGAACCUCAGAAUCCUCCCCAACCUCAGGUAUCAGGAAAUCCUCUAUCCGCAAGCCAAGGCACUCCCCCUUACCAACCAUCACAGCCUCAACCAGGCAAUCCAACACAGCCAUCAGAGCCCCCACCAUAUAAUCCUUCCCAGUCAUCGCAGCCGCAGCCGCAGCCGCAACCGCAACCACAACCGCAACCGCAACCGCAACCGCAACAGCAACCGCAACCACAACCGCAACCGCAGAAUCCUCAGGGAUCAGCAAAUCUUCCAUCCCCUAGUCAAGGCACUCCGUGGCAGCCACAACCUGAAAAUCCUCCCCCGCAGCAGCAACCAGUAAAUCCUCCCCCCCAGCCAUCGCAGCAGCAACCAGUAAAUCCUCCCCCCCAGCCAUCGCAGCAGCAACCGUCUAAUCCUCCCCCCCAGCCAUCACAGCAGGCACCGUAUAAUCCUCCCCCCCAGCCAUCACAGCAGCCACCGUAUAAUCCUCCCCCCCAGCCAUCGCAGCCGCCACCGUAUAAUCCUCCCCCACAGCCAUCGCAGCCGCAACCAUUUGAUCCUCCCCCCCAGCCAUCGCAGCCGGCACCAUAUAAUCCUCCCCCCCCGCCAUCGCAGCUGCAACCGGAGAAUCCUCCCCAACCUGAGGGAUCAGCAAAUCCUCCACCAUCUUACCCUCAAGGGUUAGUAAGUACUGCUAGCACUCCAGUAUCACAGCUGCCACCAGGGAAUCCUUCCCAGCCAUCGCAGCCGCAACCUGAAAAUCCUUCCCCGGAAUCGCAGCCGCAACCACAACCAGAAAAUCCUCCCCAACCAUCGCAGCCGCAACUGCCACCAGAAAAUCCUCCCCAACCAUCGCAGCCACAACCGCAACCAGAAAAUCCUCCCCAGCCAUCGCAGCCGCAACCAGAGACUCCUCCCCAACCCCAGCCACCGGCAAAUCCUCCUCCUUCAGCAGGCCAAAACGACCCUACCUCCCAGGCAUCUGUUCCUCUUCCCCAAACAUCUCAACCUCCUAGUCAAAACGUCCCUCCUGAAUCUCAGUUGUCUCAACCUCAGGGACCAUCCAAUCCUCCUCCCAGCUCUGGAGAAUCUCCCUUGUCAGUGCCACCUCUGCCUCCUGCACCUGAUGCUCAGCAGCCUGCCUCGUCAGUCUCACCUCUGCCUCCUGCAUCUGAUGCCCAGCAGCCUGCCUCGUCAGUCUCACCUCUGCCUCCUGCAUCUGAUGCCCAGCAGCCUGCCUCGUCAGUCUCACCUCUGCCUCCUACAUCUGAUGCCCAGCAGCCUAACCCUCAAUCUGAAAACCCAGUCCCAUCGUCAAUACCUCCACAAACACCACCGCCACCUUCUGUAUCUGAGUCUAGUGGGAGUGUGUCUUCUUCAUCCCAGCCUCCCCCAGUUUCAUCUGCUGAGUCAUCUCAAUCACCACUGUCAAAUGUCGGCUUGCAACCUUCCUCACCUAACACUGCCCCGUCUUUCUCAUCAGCAGCACCUAGUGAGCCCCCACUUAAUACUGGUAAUCCAAGUAACGACUCAAGCGGAGCAAUUGGCAGCCAAGCUUCACCACCACCUGUAUCGCCGAGCGAAGGAGGAUCUGGUAGCCAAGUUCCAUCACCUCCUGUGACGUCGAGCGAAGGAGCUGGGCCCCAAGUCCCGUCACCACUCGGAUGCCCAGCAGAGUGCCAGGAUGGCAGAGUGCGAGUGAAUGGUACCUGCGACUGUAAAUUUGCCAUAACAGCUACCAUCAGACUUGUGAACUACACUUAUGACGACUUCAACUCUUCAGAGCAAAUGAGGACGGAGGUGAAAGAUCAUAUUGCUGCCGGCUUAUCUGUGGCAAGCACACAAAUACAGUUUGUCAACUGGACAGAAGGCAGCGUCAUUUUAACAUUCUAUGUCCUCCCUCCGGCAAACAAGGGUGCUCUAAACGCCUCACAGGAGUCUAGCAUUCGCCAAGUGAUCGGUGACCCAACUGGAAACAAUCUGACUACUUUGGACCUUGGAACCGUCGAGACUCGAGACGUAAUUGCUUCACCAAGUGUUCUUGAUGAGACGACGGGGGAUCUUAUACCGAAUCCAAGUGGAAUGCGAAAGCGGAAGUCAUCUGAGAAUAAAAGUUGGUGGACUGGGCUUCGAAUAGCUUUAGUUGCAAUUGGCCUUGGGAUCAUAGUUGCAGUACUGUUUGUCGUUAUUGCAUUCUUGGUGUUACGGAAAGUGAAUCGCCCUCGCUCAGAUGGUCCUACCGUCAAAAAGUCAAAUCGAAAUUUGGGGGCCUUGGAGCGUCCAGGCCCACGCACCCCGCCAGCCAUGACUGCAAAGAACUAUACCAUGAAAGAUCUCGGACAAGCAACCAAUCUCUUUGGCACGGAUAGUCUCAUUGGUGAAGGGCAAUUUGGAAUUGUUUUCCAAGGCCGAUUUCCUGAUGGCACGAUCAAGGCAGUCAAGAAAUUGGAUGCAAGUUUGGGGCAGACAGAAAUCGACUUUUACAAUGUUGUUGGGGGCCUCGCGAGGCUUCGUCAUCCGAAUAUUGUUGAACUUCAAGGCUACUGUGUGGAGGCCCGAGAGCGGGUGCUUGUCUACGAGUUUGUCGAUAAUGGUACUCUCCAGGACCACCUUCAUGGGAGAAAGGAUGAGAGAAAGCCCUCGAUGAUGUUGUGGGAUCAGCGAAUGCAAAUUGCUGUAGGCGUUGCCAAAGCAUUGGAAAUUCUUCAUACAUCCAAUCCGGCGAUCGUCCACCGCAACUUCAAGACGGCAAAUGUCCUGCUGACAAAGGAUCUUUUUCCUAAGGUCUCCGACUGUGGCUUGCUGGCUUUGGCACCUCAUGGCGCAAACCGUCAGGUUUCAGCUCAGAUGCUUGGGACCUUUGGCUACAGUGCUCCGGAGUACGCGAUGACUGGAAAGCACACUGUCAAGAGUGAUGUUUACAGCUUUGGAGUGGUUCUGCUGGAGCUGAUGACAGGACGACGACCAUUGGACAGUACCAGGCCAAAGGUUGAGCAGAGUCUUGUCAGGUGGGCCGUACCUCAGCUCGGAGACGGCAAAGCCGUGCUCAAAAUGGUGGACCCACUUAUGGGCGGGCGCUAUCCACAGGACGUUGUCAAGAAGUUUGCGCUUAUCAUCUCCGAUUGUCUUCAGCCGGAGCAGGAGUUACGGCCGUCGAUCUCAGAUGUAGUACAGCACCUCCACCGGAUCUCCGACGGAGCGGGCACUGGAACCAAGUUUACGAAGACUCCAGCAGCGCUGGACCAAUUUCUUGGUGAUGUUUCGGACGACUCCUACGUCUAGAUCCUUCAGUCAUCAUCGUCAUUGUCUUCAUUAGUACUAUUGCCGUUGCUUGUCGUCGGAUGGAGAGUGGCUGCGGAAUCAUUGCUGUGUUUGUAACUUGUGGGCUGCAUCCGGUUAUGUAGUUUUCCCCUUUCACCAAAUUCAUUUGAUGAUGGUAUUUUUUCCUAUGGCCUGCUACGGAGGGAAAGGAACAAACAUAUGUGGGGAACACGGGCCUGGUGUAGGCCCUGCUAUUGAUUUGACGAUCGUCAGGAAUUAGCAGGCAUGAGUUGUCUUUUGCUUGUGAUGUCUCACGUCCGGUCUGAAAUGGUGAUCGAUUGCUGCAUUGUGAAACUUGCUUCUCUCUGCUCUUUGGGUGCGUAAUUUUACUAGCCCCACGUCUUGCCAGUUAAGAUUCGGUCGAGAUUGAGUGAUUCACGAUCGAAAGGUGAACUGGGUCAUAGAUGAUGGGUGGGCACUGAGUUGUCGGCGGUUUGUGGAACCGGGAUUUGAACCUCAAUUAUGGUCUCUGCUCCUGUCAGUCGUGAUUCAGUUGAGAUUCUUGAGAUUGAGUGGAAAGGACGGACAGAUGAAAUGAGUCAUUGGCGAUCGGUGGGGACUGAGUUGCGGAUGACUGGUGGAAGAGGGGGGGGAGGGGAUUUGAACCCUUGAAUUUUGAAUUAUGAUUCCACUGUCCUUACUCCUAAUCUGCGAGGUAAGGACGAGAUCAGGCCGGCAAGCAGUCGCGUGCAUGCCCCUGCCAGAAGGUGAUCGACUUCGCUUCUGGAGGAAAGAGUGCGAAGGACAGACCCAAGGAGGUAGGUGGGUCAUCAAUGCUGCGUUCUUUCUACUCGAGGAGGCAUGCUUCUGGAGGAAAGAGUGCGAAGGACAGACCCUAGGAGGUAGGUGGGUCAUCAAUGCUGUGUUCUUUCUACUCGAGGAGGCAGUUUGAACCUGCGUGAGGUAAGGGAGGAAAUCAGGCUGGCAUGCAGUCAAGCAUGUAGUGCUGCGAGAAGACGACCGCCUUCGCUUCUGGAGGAAAGAGUGCGAAGGACGGACCCAACGAGGUAGGUCAUAGACGUCGCGUUCUUUCCAGUCGGAGGCAAAGGCAAAAUAGACGGACUGGAUGUGAGGCGAGGAGGUUUGGUAUCAGGGUGAUUGAGCAAAUAAGCCCCGUUCCACUACUCAGCAGAGUCAGCACGUGCACAGAAAGACACAAAAAAUGGCGGCAUAUCUUUCCAUGUUCUAGCGGAAGAUUGCGUUCUCUUUUUGCACGUUUGGUAAGCAGUGGAGCAAGGCCCAAUGUCUUGAUCCACAUGUGACAGAAUGCGAUGUCGCAAUCUUUACGAUGUGGUAGCUUUUGCUUUCAAAGAGGCCUAUAUAGCGGAGGAUGGAAACAAGAAAAAGGGGAUCAGGAAAGUGGAAGUUUUGCUCCCAGAAGUGGAAGAGGUGGCGGAUGGUGAUGUCGUGGUUGGGUUUGUUUCUUGAGACGUUGACAAGGCAUACAAAGAGUUUGAAGGAGAGGAAAUGAUGGGUUGGCCUGAGGCAAAGGAUUUGGUAUUCUAGUCAGCAGGUGGUGAUGCGUUGGCGAGGAUUUCAUGUCUCUUUGUGUAAUCGAGGUUGUGUCUCUUUGCGUAGUCGAGGUUGUGUCUCUUUGCGUAGUCGAGGGAUUCUCUUAGAAAGGUCCCAGGACGGCCCGCAUGUGGUGGCGAGGAUUACUCAUGUCUCUUCAUGUAGUCAAGUGAUCAUAUGCCCUUUGGGGACUCGAAAUCACGACUUGCUUUUGAAAAGUCGAGUGAUGAUAUUCCCUUUUGGGGGACUGAAACUCCUGACCUGCGUACGAAAAGGUACGUGGUGCUUCUUAGGCAUUGGAGAAGUUUCAAACUUGCUGGGGUGUAGGAGGGGCAAUAGAACAUCAGAGAGUGUGGAAGGCAGCAACUCGUAGGGAGGAAAUCUUCUGAUAGAACCCUUAGGAGUAAAUGGAGGUGGCUGACAUCACUUCCUUCUUCUUCUUCUUCUUUGUCGUUGUCUUGAGCUUUGAUUAAUCUGAGUAAAAGCCGUUUCGUUUGCUUUUCCUUGUGGAAGGUCUUGGCUCAGGUCUCCACAAAUCAUGUCGGACCGUCUUCCUGUGCUCAAGUAUUCGUUAAGCUCCUUGCCUGAGUAAGCGGAGGAGGAUAAAGAUAGAUUUCUAGUAGCAGUAAUUUCCCUUAUAAGGGGAAUGGAGAAGCUAGCUCAGUUUUUAUUUUGUGUGGCAAUAUAUUAUUUGCGGAAAGAGAGGUGAAAAGCGAUCGGGAGCUAGAGAAUGGCUGGUUCCUUUUGCGCGGCAUGAUGCAGGGAGAACGGCAGAGCAGGAGCAGGAGGGUAAGUUAGUUGUAUCCCAUGCUUGAUUGCUUUUGUGGCUAUUGCGAUGGAAACAGGGCAGCAUGAUUUUGGAUAUUAAACCGCCAGUACAUUGCGCAGGCAAACUCGAGACUUGAAAUCGAGCCGGUCCUCCGCAAACUUCUGGGGCUCAGGGUCCAUACCACAAUGUCUGGCGGCACCAGCCAAAAGGAAGACGAACUGCGCCGCCGGCAGCUUGGCAAAGCUGGGUGCCAUUGCGAAUCUGCCACGACAGAUGGCAGAAAGAGGCAGAACGAAGCGCACUCCUGGUAGUUUGGCACAGCUUGGUGCCGUUGCGAAUUGGACACGGCGGAAAGAAGGUAUCAAUAGUAAACCUGGGAAGUGUGGAGAGAAUAGAAGGCAUUGAAAGUAAACGUGGGAGGGUUGUGUAUGGAGGGGAGGGGAUUUGGCCUCGUACCUGAGUUCUGCCAUUGCAGUACAUCUGGGUUUGCGGAUGGGAAGCGUCUGACGACUAGCUAUUGUUGUCGGUUUCUUCGCUGGUGGUGAGCAUCUGAUUGACAGAUUUGGCGUCAUACCUGAGUUCUGCAAUUGUUUGUUUUCUUACACAUGCUUUUUUCCUGCUUCCGUUCAAUCAAAACCACAGAGCCUU